AUGGUCCAAUACUACAACGUCGCUGGCGCCAAAGUCGGCUCCCACUACCUCGCCAUGGGCGUCCUGGCGGCUCUCUUUGGCGGCUCCAAGCUCGCUCUCGGUGGCGGCAGCAAGGCCACGGUCAAGACACCUCCCAUCAACGCAUCAAGCAACGAAGAGGCCGACUUCAUCAAGCAAUUCAUGGACCAAGCAGAGGCGGACUCCAAGAAAGAGAAGCACUAG